AUGUCACGUGUUAUCCGAAACCGAUCUGAAAAAGUACGGAGCCGGAGACACACAAAAUCUCACUACCAAGCAUUAUUUGAACGGAUAAAAUUUUUAUCGGACUUACAAACUUUCACGAGGCUUAAACUCUUUAUUGGACUAAAAAACUAGACCAAAGCCAAAAUAGAUUAUUUUUUAAAUUUUAAUUUUAAAUUUACUUUUAAAUUUUUCUGCAAUCAUUCUCUGAUUUACAACAUAAGCCAUAUUUCUUUUAGAUGUUUCUCCAUUAUUUUCUUUUUCAAUUUCUUGAGGUUCUAAACUUCCUAUUUUUUCUAACUUCGCAAAUGAAUUUAUUUUAUUUAAUUUUCCAUUUUGUUUUUUAGGUUUUA